GUUACUUUUUACAUUCAUAUGAAUAACAACUAUUUGUUAAUAGUACCAUCGUCCAAAAAUCGGUGGUAUAUUGUUGAAUAAAGAUUUGAAAAUUCUUUUAUAUGAGACAUUACAAAUUACCAAUACAAAAAAUUUAAAUUGAGGGGUGUAAGAAAAAUUUAUAAUAAUUUCACAAUUUUACGAACAUUCUUGAAGUCCCUUUUUAUUGACAUUUAUUUUUAAGAACCACCUUUCAUGUACUUGAUUAGUAUUAAUAUCAAAAGAUCCUGUUUGUAAUAAACGAAGCUAUCAGAGUCUGAAGCCUUGAAGCUGUAUUUAUUUACGUAAGUUAGAUACAAGUUCCUUCCUGAAUUUCUUGAUAAGAAUAUAGUAACACUAUAAUAUGUUCUAACGUUUAAACAAAUCAAUUAUUAUCUUACGUGAUUCCAUUAAUACUGAAAUGACUAAGACUUAAUCGAUUAUAUUCAAUAUAAUUCAAAAUGGCAAGUGUAUCAUUCUUCGUAAAGAUAUGGAUAUGCCGUGCAACACUUAACUACAACCUAACAAUUUGUGCAAUUAUCUAUUUCAGUAAAGAUAUUAAUCUAGAGCAUCCUGUAAUCAUAAGAAGCAAUAAGCAAAAGCAAAUAAACGCAUACUGGAACAUUCCAACUUUUCAAUGUGAUUCCCAUAAACUGAAUUUUUCGGCGUUGGCAGAAAAAUAUGGAAUUGUACAAAACGACAACGACAGAUUUAGAGGCAAAUUCAUUAAUAUUUUAUACGACCCUGGUGAUUUUCCUGCUAUUUUAAAAACUGGUACAAAGACUGUAUUAAGAAAUGGUGGCGUACCUCAAGAAGGAAAUCUCACAAGACAUUUGAAAAUAUUUGAGAAUAUUCUAAAUCAAUUAAUUCCGGAUGAAUCGUUUUCAGGUAUUGGAAUAAUCGAUUUCGAAAGCUGGAGGCCAAUAUUUCGACAGAACUUUGGAAAACUAGAUGAGUACAAAUCAAUUUCUAUAGCUAUAGAGAAAGAAAAACAUCCUUUUUGGACUAAAAAUCUUUUAAUUAAGGAAGCAACACAAAGGUUCGAGGAUGCUGCUAAGAUAUUCAUGGCACAAACUUUAUUGAUUGCAAAAAGAUCAAGACCCAAAGCAACUUGGGGAUAUUAUGCAUAUCCUUAUUGUUUUAAUAUGUCGCCAAAUAAUAUGAAGCAAACGUGUCCUCCUGAAGUCGUAGCAGAAAAUGACAGACUAAAAUGGUUAUUCCACCUUACAGACAAUUUUUACCCGUCAGUUUAUAUAGGAAACUCGAGUUAUUCAAUGGUAGAUAAAAUUAAAAUGGUUAAAGGAAGAAUUAAUGAAUCGAUUAGAAUAAGAAAUAGUUUGAACGUUAGAAAAAAUAUCAUUCUAUAUUUUUGGUUCAAGUACCAAGAUACAAACAAAUUUUUGUCCAAGGAAGAUUUGUUAAAUCUUUUUACCGUAAUAUCAAAGAGCAAUAUCGAUGGUGUGGUCAUUUGGGGAAGCAGUAAUGAUGUGAAUACUAAACAAAAGUGCUUAGAACUUCAUCAGUAUAUUGACGAUGUACUAGGACCAAUACUUAGCCAUAUUUUAGUAAAUUAGUAGAUUGAAGCCUUCUUUUGAUAAAGCGUACUAUAGUGUUUGUGAUACUGACAAAAAGUGUUACUUUUUAGAGGUUAGUAUGCAAUCAAACACUGCCUUCAAUA